AAACCCACAAAGCCAAGAAAGCUCUCAGAAAGAAAAAGGCUCAAAAGAAAGCUGGUUUCAGAAAGCAAAGAGCUUUUUUCCUCACGUCCUCUCCCUCCCUCUUUCUCUCUCUCUCUCUCUGCCCAUCAUCAGGCUUUGUGUUUCGGUAAAGCUGAGUGAACCCACUAUUCAACACAGCUCCACCACCACCACCACAAGAGCUCUGUGCUGGUGUGUGUGUGUGCGUGUGUGCGUGGGGAAUUCCAUAGAUUUUUUUCUUCUCUCACACCAACACAAGCACAAAUACACCGCUCAUAAAUAUAAGCUGAGACCCUCCCAUAUGUUCCAUAACCCUCCUCCUAACUCUCCUCCUUCCAACGCUGCUUCUGCCAUCAGCCCCUCAGAGAUCAAUGCCUUCUCCAACAGCAAAAGAAGGAGAAGACCUGCAGGCACUCCAGAUCCAGAUGCAGAAGUGGUUUCGCUGUCGCCGAAGACCCUCCUUGAGUCCGACAGGUAUGUGUGCGAGAUCUGCAAUCAAGGGUUCCAGAGGGAUCAGAACCUGCAGAUGCACCGGAGGCGGCACAAGGUGCCGUGGAAGCUGCUGAAGCGGGACCGCGGGGCCGCCGAUCAGGACCAGGCGCGGAGGAAGCGGGUCUACGUGUGCCCCGAGCCGAGCUGCCUCCACCAUGACCCUUGCCACGCGCUCGGCGACCUCGUCGGGAUCAAGAAGCACUUCCGCCGGAAGCACAGCAGCCACAAGCAGUGGGUCUGCGAGCGGUGCUCCAAGGGCUACGCCGUCCAGUCCGACUACAAGGCCCACCUCAAGACCUGCGGCACCCGGGGACAUUCUUGUGACUGCGGCCGCGUCUUCUCCAGGGUAGAGAGUUUCAUAGAACACCAAGACACGUGCACCGUCCGCCCAGCUCAGCCACCGGAGAUGCAGGCGGCUCAGCCGGCCUGCUCGUCCCAAACCGCUUCUAGCACUAGCCCCUCGAGCGAAGCCAAUUUCGGCGUACUGCCCUCACCGUUUCCCGGAUUCCGAAUGCCGAAACCAGCAGAGACCAUCUUCCUCAACUCAGACAUGUACAAUCCCUCAACAUCUUCUACCCACCACAACCUUGAGCUUCAGCUAUCGUCGUCGUCGAGCCUGUGCGCGACGCAGAACUCAAACGAAAAGUUCGCGGACAACUUGAAGCUUUCGAUUGGUUCGUCGUCCACCGAUGCAAACAAGGACGAAUUGGCCAUCACCAAGAGCUCUACAACGUGGGAGCAUUAUUGCAGGCGCGAACCUGAGAUGUCGGAGGCGGCGAGCAUAAGGGAGUUUGCGAGCGAGCAGAUAAAGCUGGCCAUGACCGAGAAGGCGUUCGCCGAGGAGGCGAGGCAGCAGGCGAAGAGGCAGGUCGAGAUAGCAGAGCUCGAGCUGGCCAACGCCAAGAAGAUGAGACUGCAAGCUCAGACCGAGCUCGAACGAGCUCUGGUGUUGAGAGAACAAGCAACCAAGAAGAUAAGCUCCACCAUCAUGCAGAUCACUUGCCCGGCUUGCAAACAACAGUUCCAGACAACGUCUGUCAUCGCGGCAGCAUGCGACGAGACCUCUCUCGCCAUAAGCUACGUGUCUUCAGCUACCACAGAAGGAGAGGGAGAGUGAUUAUUGCGUUAAAAGAGGUCGAGCAAUAAUUUAGAUUUUUCUUUGAGCUCUAAAUUAUAAUGGUUUUAUUAAGUUUAUUCUGGCUGAGAAGUCC